AUGGUCGUCACCGAUAAAGUGCAGAAAUGCAGUGGAGGUUGGAAGAAGGUUGUAAAAGCCUUCGGGAAUGAUAUUUUGUUGGAAAGUGGAGAAAUUAACAGAGCUCACUUAGGGCAAAUUGUAUUUUCGGACCCAUCAAAACGUUGGCUUCUAAACCGUCUUCUGGUGCCACAUAUUUCUUGGGGCAUAAUGUGGGAGAUAGCAAAGCUAUGGAUGAAAGGAUGCAAGGUUAUCAUCCUGGACAUACCGCUACUGUUUGAGAUCAAGAUGGAUCGGUGGACAAAUCCAGUAAUUGUGGUCUGGGUUAACCCAGAAACCCAGAUUCAGAGGCUGAUGUCAAGAGACGGGUGCUCUGAAGAACAAGCGCAGAGCAGGGUCAGCGCACAACUUGCGCUGGACUGGAAGAAGUCGAAAGCCGACAUAGUGAUCAAUAGCUCUGGAUCACUGGAUACCACCAGACAACAGUUCCGUGAAGUGUUGAGGAAAGUCUCUGAGCCCUUAACAUUGAAGGAACACUUGGGAUCUCGAGAUGGCCUGAUCUCUGUUGUCGUGUGCACGGCAGUGGGCGUUUUGCUUGCCCGGAGGAAUCUGCUAUGA